AUGGGUCCAAACGCGGCGGUCGAGUACUCGCCAGCUCCGAAAUCCGAUCCGAAUCUUCGACGUGUGAAGUUGUUGAUACGCGAGUCUGCGUCCACGUCCAGAACUCUCGUCUGUGCGACCACGGCGAUGAUCCUGCUUCUUCCUCUCCUAUUUUGGGCCUCCACGUCAAACUCCGCGGACACGCUUCAAGAGCCCUCGAGCGCGACCAUGGUUACGUUUGCCCCCAACUCCGAGAACGAAGCGGAGGACGGGGUGUUGGCGGACGGUGGCGUGGACAAUGUGGGCGACAGCCUAUCGGAGACCGCCAGGAUCGGGCGGAUGCGACCAGCUCCAGAGGCGGAGGACGGGGAAGCGGCGGAGCAACGAGACGAGGGCGCAGGAGCGGAGCAGGAAGGCGGGGAGGAAGAGGGAGGUGCGGCGAAGGAGAACAGCGAAGGGAGGAGUUCCAGAAAUAACCGCGGCGGGCGCAAAGCAGGCCCUGCAGAACCAGAGGAGGGGGAGCAGGAGCAGGAACAGGCAGGGGAGGAGGGCGAGGGGAAGGAUGGGGAGGGCGAAGAGAAGGAGAAAGAGGAUGGCGGGCGCAAACCUAGCGCUCCGGAGGUGGUGGUGGUGGUGAGGGACGGGAAGGAGAACGUACCAGAGGAGAAGAAAGAGAACUACAUGUCUCUCAUGGGCGACCUUGUCGGACAAGUGGCCGACAUUCUGCCGGAGGCGGAAAAGCGCGAGAACGCGCAGAUGGUAAAGCACGUGCGCGCGGCUCUGGAGCGUGCGGAGCCGCUGGUGGAGAAGUGGAAGGGCGACCGGACGUGGGCGGGCGAGGAGAAGGUGCUGGGGCUGAUCAAGCUGCUGGAGGCUCUGCGCGCGCGCGCGCAGGAGUGGAAGAGCACGCUGUCGACGCUGGACCGGCUGAAGAAGAAGGUGGAGUCGCUGACCAAGGAGCGCAACCAGCUCGACCUCGCCGCGGCUAAGGCGCUCCCCAAGGCUCUGCACUGCCUCAACCUGCGCCUUGCCGUGGUACGCUGCGCGGGGGUGGGGAUGUGGGGAAGGGGUUUGGAGGAGAGGUGGCGGGGAAAGGAGAGAUGGGGAGGGGUGCUGGAUAGCGCUGCGUACGGCAAGGACGACGAGAUGAAGGAGCUGACGAAGGCGCGGGAGCAGAAGCAGGCGGACAAGUUCAAGGACCCGUCGCUGCACCACUACGCGCUCUUCUCCGAUAACGUGCUCGCCGUCUCUGUCGUUAUCAACUCCACCGUUCAGAACACCAAGGAACCGGAGAAGCACGUGUUCCACGUGGUGACGGACGAGAUGAACCUGCCGGCCAUGCGCACGUGGUUUGCGCUGCACCCGCCGGGCAAGAUGGCGCUGGAGAUCAAGGCCGUGGAGCACUUCACGUUCCUCAACGCCUCCUACUGCCCCGUGCUGCAGCAGCUGCAGGCCGCCGCGCUCAAGACGUACUACUUUUCGCAGCACGAGGAAGGCAAGGCCAAGACAGCAGUGAAGUUCAAGAACCCCAAGUACCUCUCCAUGCUCAACCACCUGCGCUUCUACCUCCCACAGAUGUACCCGACGCUCCACCGUGUGGUGUUCCUGGACGACGACAUAGUCGUGCAGUCGGACUUGUCGCCGCUCUUCUCGCUGCCGCUGCACGGCAAUGUGAACGGCGCGGUGUUCACGUGCCGCGAUGAGGACGAGUUCCACCGCUUGCACAAGUACCUCAACUUCUCGCACCCCUUUGUCAAGGAGCACUUUGAGCCCAAAGGGUGCGGGUGGGCGUAUGGCAUGAACGUCUUUGACCUCGAGGCGUGGCGCCGCCUCGACCUCACUGAGGUCUACCACAAGUACCAGCGCAUGAACGAGAACCGCACACUGUGGCAGUUGGGCACAUUGCCGCCCGGGCUGAUGACGUUCUACAACCUGACGGAGCCUCUGGACGCGCACUGGCACGUGCUGGGGCUGGGGUACAACAAGGAGGUGUCUGUAGAUGAUGCACAGGGCGCUGCUGUCGUGCACUACAAUGGCAACUGGAAACCUUGGUUGGACACGGCACUCAAGUCAUUCCGGCACUUCUGGACCAAAUACGUGGCAGCAGAUGAUGACAUUGUCUCACAAUGCAACAUCGACCUCAACAGCUGA